UUGUUUACCCAUGCAAUUUGCAUUGAUGUGGCAUUGUUGAUUGAUUUUGAAGAGGGCUAUAUUCUGAGAGUGUAAUGUAAAAGCCUGUAGGUAUGGAAUUAAUUAACAAAGUGAAAAAUAAUCACUACAUGUUUAUCUCAAAGAAAUGUAUUUUAUUUGAUUAAUCAGUAACAUUAAUAAUUGUAAAAUGUCAAACUUAUUACAAUUAGCAUUAAUACUUGGUGUUGUAAUUAUUUUGACUAUUACAGUCCGAGCAUUAUACCUUAUUUACAACAUAUUUAGAGGAUAUUGCGUACUAAACAGUGAAAACAAUAGUUUGAAAACUGUCUACUGUAUCGGAUCAGGUGGUCACACAACGGAAUUGAUAAGGGUUAUGUCACAUUUAGACGCGGAAAAGUAUCGACCACGGAUGUACAUCAUGGCAAUGAAUGAUGCCAGUAGUGAAGUAAAAAUACUUGAUCAAGAACGUGAAUCAACUGACUACAACAUUUAUAAAAUCCCGAGAAGUCGAAACGUCAAGCAAUCUUACAUUUCAUCUGUGUUUACUACAUUGUAUGCGAGCAUCUAUACAGUACCUAUAAUUUGUAAAUUCAAGCCAGACAUUAUUUUUUGCAACGGUCCUGGCACUUGUAUACCCAUUUGCUUGGUUGCAUUCCUUUUAAGAUGUAUUUUUAUACUGGAUUGCAGAAUAGUUUUCAUUGAAAGCUUUUGUCGUGUGAGAACACUGUCGUUAUCUGGUAAAAUUUUACAGUGGUUUGCAGAUAUAUUUGUAAUUCAAUGGCCUCAACUAACAAAUGUAUGUUUCAGAGGGUAUAGGCACAGGGGAGGUUGUGAGCUAACUAAACUGUGCAUACCUUCAAAUAGACUAAGCAUAACAAAAAAUGACUUACUUAAAAAGUAAAAUUUAAGUUUUUCACAAAUCACUCAUUUCAGGUCUUAAAACAUAAGUUUCCCAAAGAAUUUUUGGCCAUAGGGCGUUUGUGCACUGAAUCGUAUUCUAUUUAUUCGUUUUCGUAAAAAUACAUUUAAAAGUGGCCACCAUACAAAACGUACGCAUGUGUGUGCACACAGUCAUAUUUGGUGGAUUUUUACGAAAACUAAUACCAAUUGAAUAGGAAUGAGUGCAUAAACGCCCUUAAACUGCCUU